AUGGUUUGCGCGCUCUCCAAGCACAAGAGGGCUCGUCCUGCUCCACCGACGCCCGGCCCCAGCAUGCCUUGCACACCACCGUCCACGCAGCACAAGAGGGCUCGUCGUCCUGCUCAGCCGCCGACGACUACCCCUACGGCGGCGGCGGCGCCCGAGCCCGACUGGUCGUCGCUCACCCCGGACCUCGUCCGCCGCGUCGGCGACCAUGUCCUGGCUGCCGACGACAUCGACUACUACAUGGCCUUCCGUGCCGUCUGCCACAACUGGCGCCGCACCCUCAAGGACAACAACGCGGCAAACUGCACCGACGAUCCCACUUUCUUCCAGACGAGCAAGUGGGCGGUGCUGGACCGGCACGACAGUGACGUCCUCGCGCUCGUCAACAUGGAGACCGGCCGCUUCCUCCGCAAGAGGAUCCCGCUGCUCCGCGAAUACUUCUUCGUCGGCGCCGCCAGUGGCGGCCUCGUCCUCCUCGCGGAGCCAACGUACCCCUACCGCGCCGUCGUGCUCAACCCCUUCACGGGUGUGCUGGCCCGCUUCAAGGCGCGCGUUCCCACAGGUGAUGCAAGGGAGGUCGCCGUGAUCGCAGCGCCUCCGCCGACAACGAUGACAGUGUUUGUCUGCAUGCUAGAUGAUGGCGCCGUCUUGUGGGCAGACCAGGACAGCAAGUACUUCCGAAAGUGCGCAGCGCCGGCGCCUUACCCCGACGACGGUCUCCUAUGCAUGGUUCCCUUCGCCGGCGACGUGUACCUCACCAACCGGCAAGGAGCCGUACUCUCUACAACUGCUGCGGCCGUCGUCGACGAUGGCGCCUCCCAAGGUCCACGUUGCAGCCGCUCAGCUCAGAGCAUCUCCAUGGCCACUGCCAUUCCGGAGGCGGUGGAGGGUGGCCAUUGCCAUUAUUACCUCGUGGAGUCUGGGGGAGAGCUGCUGCUUGUGAUCAGACGUGCUUGGGUGGACACCGUGAGGAACGUGCUUGAACCGGUGAGCACCAUCGGCAGCCGCGCCCUCUUCCUCAGCCGUGUCAGGUGUGUCUCCAUCGACGCCGAGAAGUUCCCGGCCGUCCAAGGUGGCUGCAUCUACUUUGUGGAUCAGUUCGUCACCGGAAGCUGCUACUUCGACGUUCAGUUCUCGUUCAUGACCGUUGUUCGCUUCCCUGGUGCCGACGGAGUGCAGCAGCCUAUGGUGGAUGUAAGCCCCAUACCAGCAUAUUGUUUCCAGCCGUUCACCCUCACCCAUGUUUUUGCAAAAUACUGCAAGUUUGUCCAGUGUUCUGAACUGCGCCGCGAAGUUAUGAUCGAUGACGAGGAAGAUUGCUCGGAUGACGACGAGGAGGAUUCUGAUGAAGAAGAUUAUUUCUCAGAUGAUGACGACGGUUCUGAUGGAGGGUCCUCUGAAUCUGAUCAGUGA